CUGAUCGAAAAGGCUAUAUUACAAUCUCGUUCAAAAAAACUUGUUAGGAAACAUGGCUCUAACUGGCAAACUCGAAGCUGAUGUAGAGCUCAAGGCCCCUGCAGAUAAGUUCUUCAACAUCAUCAGAAGUGAAACUCAUCAAAUCCCAAAUGCUGCAUCCGAUAAAGUACACAACGUUGAAGUGCAUGAGGGUGAUUGGGAAGCUGAUGGCUCUGUCAAGCUCUGGAAAUAUACUGUUGAGGGAAAAGACGAGAUUUUUAAGGAAAAGAUUACGGUGGACGAGGCAAACAAAUCUGUAACUUUAGUUGCCUUGGAAGCACAUGUUAUGGAAGAAUUUAAGAGUUACAAGAUUGUUUUUGGCGUUACACCUAUGAGUGAUCAAAGCAGCGUGGUGAAAAUUACUCUGGACUAUGAGAAACUUAACGAGAAUAUCCCUGAUCCAAAUCAGUACCUGCAGUUUCUGAUGAAUGUCAUCAAAGACAUUGACGCACACCUUCUCAAGGCAUAAAUGAAGUUGAAGGAAAUAUAUCUUUUCUUCUUGUCUGGUGCAUCUGUUAAUUAAUGUUAAAGAAGUUGAUGUCUG